CAACAAACUAUUUCGCAGAUGGACACCGAAAUGGCGUCACGACUGAAAAAAAGACGCAUGGAGGGAAAUGUAGAAAGGGAAUGGUUAUAUGCAAUAAUGAAAAUCUGCACUUACCUAGACGAGUCGCAUAUUACUCUAACCCCGGUAAAAAUAGAAUGUUGUAAUGCUCUAUCUGCUACAUCGUUCCCCAAGGCAUUCUGUGACACCAAACCUUACGAAGCACGUCUCUUAUUUGGUGAUGUGUUCCAGAAUGGCAUAUCAGUUUUAAGAGAUUUUGAAGAGAGUAAAAAGGUUCCAGAGGACAGACAAACACUCUUUAUUUUUAAUAAAUUGAUGGAUUUUCUAAGUGGAGGUAGAAGCCUCAACAUUUUGGAUCCUUUGAAACUCCGGUCGAUCUCAGACUCUGAGAUGACAGUACUUGUGGCCAAUCAUCUACUGGGGAAAUUAACAGCUUCUUCCUGCUACCUGAUUGACAGUAAUUGUAGUGGGAAAAGAGGAGAUCAUUGUUUUUGUGGAAAAGAUGUUUGUAAAUUGACAGGAAACUAUGGAGAUACCAGUAUAGGAAAUCCAGAAGUGUGGCAUGGGAGUUUAGACAUCAUCAUCCACAAUGACGUGGCUGUGGAGGCACUCGAUGAACAGCCAAACACUUCAGAGACCCCUGGUGGGAAAUCUCCUGUUGAAGUGAAGGUCAAGGCUACUCGCUUGAAAAACACACAAAUCAUUGCACAAACUAUAGUUUUUUCUUUUCUCCAGAAAAAGAGGCAUCCAGACCGUGAACAUUUUAUAACCCCCUGUAUAGGGAUAGGACGUUCAGAGCUGAUAGUCAUGCUUUAUGAUUCGGAGCAUGAUGUUUUACUAGAGAGUUCUACUAUACCUCUCUUUGAAAAUGAGUUUUCUUGUGAAUUUUCGUAUUGUGCUAUUCUUGUCUCUUGGCUAACAGUUAACUAUCAGUAUUUUUGUAGUGGUUUAGUUGAAAAAUACAAAAUGUAUAAAAGCAAUUUUUUUGAUAUUGCAAAAGAGAAAAUCACUGUAUAUGAAGAAAAACUGCAAUUUCAGAAUGUCAACAGUUGUCAAUUUCUAGAACUAAGAUUUAAAAACCCUCCUGUUAAUAUAAAACCUGAUGUUUCUCCAUUUAUGCAUGAAACUCAGAAAGCAUUAUUUGAUAAGUACUUGAGAUUGAAUAGAUCUGAUGACAAAGGUUCUGAUGAGAAAAAUUAGGAUGAAUUCUCAAUAUGUUGAAUAUCUGCCCACCCACUAAGUUGUGAAUAAGAUAACAUACACAAAGACCGUGUUGUUAUUCUUCCAACGCUAUACAUACUUCCUUAUUCUCCCAACGUUAUACAUACUUCCUUAUUCUUCUAACGUUAUAUAUACUUCCUUAUUCUCCCAACGUUAUACAUACUUCAUUAUUCUCCCAACGCUAUACAUACUUCCUUAUUCUUCCAACCUAUACAUACUUCCUUAUUCUCCCAACGUUAUACGUACUUCCUUAUUCUCCCAAUGUUAUAGAUACUUCCUUGUCAGAUUAAGUGAUGUUUAUUUUAAUUUUUCAGAAAGUUUUGGAUAUGAUUAAAUUUCAUUAUCAAUCCAAAAUUACUUCAAUUUAAAAUUAUUAGGAUCAUGGGCCAAAAAGAGCACCAAUUUGAAAAAAUUUAAUGUUUUAGAAAUUUAGCACUUCCUAAGCUGAUACAUUUAUUUUUGCAUUGUCCGACCCUCCAAAGAAUAUAUUGGAUGAAAUAAAUAGUGGUUUUUUUAAAUUGAUUUGGGGAAAUAAGACAUAAAAGAUGAAAUACACUCAUAAGUAGUUAUGAGUAUGGUGUAUUAAACAUGGUUCACUUACCCACUUUCAUUUGAAUUCAUAUAUCAAAUUGAAAUGGGUUAAAAGGUACCUGACCAGCAUUUUUUACAUUGCAUUUCUAACCAUAAGAAUAUAGAGUUUAAUUUCUGUUUAUCAAAAAAAAAAAAAUACAUCAAGAAUUUGUGGGGUUUUUUUUUUUUUAUUGAUAAUGAUUUUUGGAGAGAUAUUAUGAAAGUAUUACAAAAGGUUAAGAAAAGUCUUAUCAUGUGUUAAACUACCGGUGUGUAGAUAUUAGACAUGAUUGCUGUGUAAAAAAAAAAAGGGGGGGGGGGCAUUUAAACAAAAUGUGUUGAUAAUGGUGUUAAAAACUUAGGUGUCUGAAAAUGGAAACAUUAGCUGUUUUAAUGAAAUAUUGGUACUAUUAAUUUUUUAGAUUACAUGUACAUGUAUAUUCCUGUGAUAUCAAAAAUACCCUCAAAAGUCAAAAGAGAUAUCAUUGCAUUGAAAGAAAUUAUAAUUUACGAAAAUUAUGAACAUAUUGAAAAAUGUAUUGUACAAAAAUUGUUGUCCACAUGUGAUGUCAAAUUUUUACAUGAAAUUUUGAAGUUUUAUAGGAAUAAUAAAUAUGAAGAAGAAUCGUCUUG